GAUCGGAUGGAUGGCUACCCGCUACUUUCUGGGAGGGACCAUGAAGCAAAUUUGCUUCUGUGCAGCCUCCUCCUUCACGAGCCAGGACUGGAGCAAAAAUGACGAGAAGCUUCUGCAGGCUGUGGAAUACAAUGACGCGGAUCGUGCCUCCUCCCUCCUUCUCCGGAAGGGCCUGAUCCCCACCAAGCUGGACUCGGAAGGGAAAUCGGCGUUCCAUCUGGCCGCAAUGAAAGGGAAUGUGGAUUGCCUGGAGGCGAUGCUGACCCAUGGAGCAGACCCCAUGGCAACUGAUGGGUCAGGCUAUGCAGCGUUACAUCUGUCAGCUAAGCAUGGGCACCCGCAAUGUGUGAGCAAGCUGUUGCAGGCGUCCUGUCCUGUUGAUGUGGCAGACAGCCAUGGACGGACAGCCCUACAUCAUGCAGCUGUCAAUGGAUUCAUCUCUUGUCUGGAAAUUCUUUGUGACUUUAAGGCUCCCUUGGACACAAAGGACCAGGACGGGGCGACCCCUCUCAUGCUUGCUGCCAAGAUGAGCCAUUCUGAGCUUUGCCGUUACCUGCUGCACCGGGGAGCCGCCGUCAAUGCCAGAGACCAGCGGGGCCGCACAGCCCUGAUGGUGGCGUGUGAGAACGGCAGCGUGGAGACAGUGGAAGUCCUUCUCCACGGUGGAGCACGGGUCGGUCUCGUCGACACCACGGGCCACGACGCGGCCCACUACGGGGCGUCCAUGGGCAACGCCCUCAUCCAGCACUACCUUCAGGAUGCUCCCCAACGCCACUCCUGGGCCAGUGAAGAGGAAUCGGCUGAAAUAUCCUCGCAGACGUCCUCCUCUCAGCAAACUCUGUCCAAGGGGAAGAGCAACAGCCCGAGAAAGAGGAGAGCCCCCCCACCACCUCCUACGACCCCCAGCCAGGACGACCAGGAGGCCUACGAGGAAAUUGUGCGGCUGCGGCAGGAGCGGGCACAGUUCCUUCAGAAGAUCCGGAGCCUGGAGCAGCAGCAGGAGAAGAUGAAGCAAACGCGGCUGGAGUCAGAGGAUGAGUCCCUGCAUACACUGGAGAAGCAGGUAGAAGAUCUUCAGAAGCAGCUGGUGAAGAAAGCAGCCGAGAAAGAACAUCUCGGGAAAGAGUUGGAGGUUCUGCGGAGCCGCCUGUCAUCCGUAGAGAAUGAAAAGGAGAACACCAGUUAUGACAUCGAAACCCUACAGGAUGAAGAAGGAGACCUGCUGGAAUUUCCAGGGGCUGAGCUUCUGCUCUCCAAAAAGAGCUUGAGUGUCUCUACUGAGGAUCUCCUGGCAACCUUGCAGGGCCAGGUACAUUCUCUGACCCAGAAGAACAAGGAGCUGAUGGAAAAGAUACAGGUCCUGGAGAAUUUUGAGAAGGAUGAGUGUGACGCUGACGCUUCAGGGGACUUCAUCCCCAUCAUCCUGUACGACUCGCUCAGGUCAGAGUUUGACAGGCUGAAGGAGCAACAUGCAAAGGCUCAGGAAGCGUUGAAGGCCCUCGAAGGUGCUGGAGCGGAUGAGUCCUCCUGCAAACUCAUCCCGGCAGAUGCUUAUGAGCAGCUGAAGGCCGAUUACGAGAAGCAACUGGGAGCCCUCAAACUGGCUCUGGAGCAAAACGGCGCCCCAGCCGAUCGGAGCGGUGGAGGCCAAGAGCUGGAGGGCAACUCAGGUUUGGGGACAGAAGGGAACAGCAAAGUGGAGGAGGAGGCGGCAGCGAGGGGAGGCGAGGUGGAAGAACUGGCCAAGGAGCUCAGCAUGACCCAGGAGAAAUACCAGGCAGCCCUGGUGGAAGUGGACCUCCUUCGAGAGCAGAUGGCACUGGGAAUCCUCUCUGUGGAGGAGAGAGGGCUUGUAGAGAGCUUGCGAACCGAGCUGGAGACUGUGAAGAUGGCUCUGAACAGGGCUCAGGUGGACCUCGAGGAGCGAGACCAGAAGGUGAAGGACUUGGAGGGGCUGCUCAGGGUUCAGGAGGAAGCAGCCUCUCCAGGCUGCUCUGCAGAGGAGUAUGAGGAGUUGAGGGCCUCCUUUGGGGUCUCCCUGGAUGAGGCUUCCCGGGAGAGGGAGGCCUUGCUGGGGAGGUGCACUUCCGCCGAGGCAGAGGUGAGGACACUGAGACAAUCCUUGAAGGAGAAAAGCCGUGAGCUGGAAAAGGCUGAAGGGAGUUGCUUGGACAGCCAGAGCUUGAGGGAGGAGGCCGGGACCCUGCGAGAUCAACUAGACACCAUUACGAGGCAGCACGAGGCGGCGGAGGCCAGGGUGGAACAGCUCCAGGAAGGGCGCCAGCAACUGGAGGAGGAGCUGCGAGCCACAAAGGCAGGGCUGGCCUCGCAGUACAUCUCCCAGCAAGAGCAUGACGACUCGGUGGGGAAGCUGAGGGCCUCUCUUUCAGAGGCUGAAAAGAGGCUGUCAGAGCUGAAGGAGAAGCAUGGCUCCACCCAGAAGGAGCUGGCAGAAAUGCAGGAGGCGGCAGAGGGCUACAGACGAGAGUCGGUGCCCCUAACAGAGCACGCCCGAGCCAAGGAGGUUCUGGAGGGCACCCUGUGGGAGCUGAAGGCCAGAGCAAAGCUGCUGGAACAGGAGCUCAAGGCCAAGCACCAGGAGGCCUCGGGUCUCAAGGCAGAGCUGGAUGAGGUCCGCCAGGGGGUGGUGUCCAAGGAGGCCCAUGAGCAGCUGCAGGUGAACCUCCAGGGUGAAAUAGACGCCCUGAACGUGAAGCUGAGUGACCUGGGGCGGAAGCACGAGCGCACCUGCACCGAGGUCUUUCAGGUGCAGCGCGAGGCCCUCUUCAUGAAGAGCGAGAAGCACGCGGCUGAAGCACAGCUGGGCGCUGCGGAGAAGCAGCUCCAGAGCCUCCGGGCCGAGUCGGAGCGCAUCCAGGAGCUGCACAGCCACAUCGAGGACUCGGCCAAGCUGGUCAAAGAGAAAGACAAGAAGAUCACGGAGCUCUCCAAGGAAGUCUUCAAGUUGAAAGAAGCCCUGAACGACCUGUCGGAGCUCUCCAGUCAAGCCUCCCCCAAGGCCACCUCCCCACAGAAAGCAGAGAACCGGCCGGAGGCGGUCACCCUCCAGGGCAAAAUCAGAGAUCUGGAGCAGGAAUUGGUUGAGGCUGAACGACGUCACAGCAACAUCGUUUCUCUGUACAGGGGACACCUUCUCUAUGCUAUCCAGGGCCGUAUGGAUGAAGACAUUCAGAAGAUCCUUUUCCAGAUCCUGAAGAUGCAAAGACUCCAGCAGCAAGGCAGAUGAGAUGAAGGAAAAAAGGCCGCCAGUUUCAACCCUGGGAUGGGCGGGCGGGCUUGUCCUUCUGGAGAAUUAUAUAGAACUCACAGGAUCUUCCUUUCCCCUCAUGCAAAGCAGCCUGCCCUGAGGUGUAGCACAGUUCCUACUUGCUCCCCCUGUGCCAUGGGCCCCCUCGCAAGGCAAGGGACCUGGAUGGGGCUUCCUAAAUGUUCCUAUCCUUGGGAAGUGUCUGCCAGGCAGAGGGUGGCCACUGUCUUGCCCCCCACCAGAAGCUCUGUAACCUGUAAAUGGCAUUCUGGCAGGCAGAACUUCACUAGGCAGGGCUGCUCUCCAACCUUGCAGUGCUGCACCCAUUGGAUGUCUGCCUGCCACAACACUGGUAUAGGCACAGGGCCAUAAAUGGGAAGCAUGGACUGGUGGCCACCAGAGAUCAUUAGUGGCCAAAAUCCUAGUGCCACAGAGACAGCAUGGUGUCAUGGUUAGAGUCUUGGACUUUUACCAGAGAAACCCAGGGUCAAAUCCCCACUCAGCCACAAAGCUCACUUGGCUGACCUUGGGCCAGUCACUCUCUCUGACCCUAACCUACCUCACAGGGUUGUUCUGAGGGUAUAAUGGAGGAAGGGAGAUAUAUGCUGCUCUGAGCUUCUUGGAGGGCAAGGAUGGGAUAAAAAUGUAAUAUUAAAAUUUUGACUGGGACAAAGAAGCAAGGAGGAGUAGGGAAAAGGCAGAUUUUUUACAAAAAAUCUUGACUACUCUAGAGCAGGGCAGUAUGUAUGCCAUGAUUCUGUCAGCAUGCAGAAAUCCCUUGGGAUGUGAUCCUGGGCAAAGAAUUUAACUCCCUCAGCUUUCAUUUUAAAAAACAGCAAGCAAGAUUCUUGCUGGGAAGUUGUGGUGGGAAGCACGAGGGCAAUGCCUACUGAAGCCUGAGCAACCAGCAGAGGCUGCCAUCUUUUGCCCAUGGACUGCAAUACCUGGAGGCUGCACUCUUACAUCCACUGACCUGGGGGUGGGAGAUAAUUCAGUGGGACUUACUUCCAAGUUGACACACACAGAGUUACAAUGUAAAUAGGUUUUCCAGCGGUUGGGGUAUGUAGAGCCUUUUUACCUUUUCUCCUGACUAGCAAAACGAGGAUAAAUUAUAUCAAAUAUUUUAAAAAUGGCAAAGAAAACAGAUGUACAAAAUAAGGAAAUCUGUGCAGACCUACUUAGUUGCACAUCGGUUGCAGAACUGAGAUACAGAAUUCCAUUUUUUAAAAAAAGUAGUAUGGAAUUCACUCAGCCUCAAGACAAGGUUUCAGAGGAUGAAUACUAACAUGGAGAAUUAAAUGGACCUGAAUUGUGUUGGGGGGUGGGGGUGGAAGGGGCAAGGCUCCUGAAGGCAGGAUCCGGC